AUAUCAUUGAACUGUGAUUGAACGGUCAGAUUGUAUACUUUAAGUCUUAAGAUAAUGAUAUUUUACCGACUAAAUGUUGUAUAAAAAAUAGUAUUGAACCUUCCUAUGCUGUAGGCUUCGGAAUAACUGUUAACUACAUUUUUGAUGAUUUUUUUUAUCUAGUAAGCCGUGCUUUAGACAAUUUUAUAAUUUUAAUACAUUUAAAAAAAGUUAAAUUAAAAUGUGUUCAAUAAACGCGUAAUAAUGGAUCAUUUUUCAAAAUCAUUAGACAGUUUUUUUAAAAACAAAUUUUUUCGAUACGGAUUGCCAUUUAUUUUGUUAGUUGUUGGAGGAUCAUUUGGCCUAAGAGAAUUUUCACAGAUUCGAUAUGAUUAUCGAAAGGUCAAAUUCAUCAGUCCAGAAGAACUUAAGAAACAAGGUAUUGAAAUGAAACCUCGAGGCAGCGUCACAAUAGAAACUGAAUAUAAAAAGCUUUUGGAACAAGUUAAUUUAGAAGAUUAUGAGAAUAAAAGAAUACCAAGACCACCUGGAUUUGAAGACUGAAAUAAAACUAUAUUAAAAAAUUGUUUUAGUAUGUUUUUAUUUUAACAAAUAACAAAUAAAUAUGUUAUAAUAUAUUA